AGGUUUUACAGCCCAUUUUUGUCCGUAGCGGGCUCCCAUACAGGAGCGCGCUGCUGUUCCCUCCAUCACCGCGGAGGUGUGCGCUUCGCGUGCUCGUGCCUCUGGGGGGUGCGGGGAGGGGGGCCGUCUCUGACAGCAGCGCAGCCUCCACGCAGGCCCCUCCCGGGAAGCGCGCCGCGGCUCCGACACACGGACGGUCGCACGGACUCCGCGAGCCUCUGCUGCCGCGCGCCUCUCUGCCUCCCUCCCGAGCGCGCGCGCGAGUCGCCCCGUCUUUUGCUCCGGUGUUCGGGUCGCAGAGGGGUGGGGGCGGGGGCUCCUCUGAGGGAGCAGCAUGUAAACUCUCCGUCCGGACGAGCAUCGCUAGCACCGGGAUUAUCUGGAUCUUUUUGGGGAGGGUGGGUGGGGGUUGACUCAGGCCUGCCUCAGAGGAGCGCGUGCCCCCCACCUCCCCCCGCCGCCCCGGUCGAUGGUCUUUGAGGAACUGGGAGAACCAUGGCGAGCGACUCCCCCGCGCGGAGUCUGGAUGAGAUAGACCUGUCUGCACUGAGGGAUCCAGCUGGAAUCUUUGAGCUGGUCGAACUGGUGGGAAAUGGCACCUAUGGGCAGGUCUAUAAGGGUCGCCAUGUCAAAACAGGCCAGCUCGCUGCCAUCAAGGUCAUGGACGUCACGGGAGAUGAGGAGGAGGAGAUUAAAGCUGAGAUCAACAUGCUAAAGAAGUACAGUCACCACAGGAACAUCGCAACCUAUUAUGGAGCCUUUAUCAAGAAAAACCCUCCAGGCAUGGAUGACCAGCUAUGGCUGGUGAUGGAGUUCUGUGGAGCUGGCUCGGUCACAGAUCUGAUCAAGAACACUAAAGGAAACUCCCUGAAGGAGGAGUGGAUCGCCUACAUCUGCAGAGAGAUCCUGAGGGGCCUGACCCACCUCCACCAGCACAAGGUUAUCCACAGAGACAUCAAGGGUCAGAAUGUUCUGCUGACGGAGAAUGCCGAGGUCAAACUGGUGGACUUUGGUGUGAGUGCGCAGCUGGACCGCACUGUCGGGAGGAGGAACACGUUCAUAGGGACACCGUAUUGGAUGGCUCCUGAGGUCAUCGCGUGUGACGAGAACCCCGAUGCCACGUAUGACUUUAAGAGUGAUCUGUGGUCGCUCGGGAUCACCGCCAUCGAGAUGGCGGAGGGAGCGCCGCCUCUGUGCGACAUGCACCCCAUGAGGGCGCUCUUCCUCAUCCCCAGGAAUCCAGCCCCCAGACUCAAAUCAAAGAAGUGGUCCAAGAAGUUCCAGUCGUUCAUCGAGAGCUGCCUGGUGAAGAGCCACAGCCAGCGGCCGAGCACCGAGCAGCUCCUCAAGCACCCCUUCAUCAGAGACCUUCCCAACGAGCGGCAGGUCCGCAUCCAGCUGAAGGACCACAUCGACCGCACCAAGAAGAGGAGGGGCGAGAGGGACGAGACGGAGUAUGAGUACAGUGGGAGUGAGGAAGAGGAAGAGGAGAGGGACGUGGGAGAGCCCAGCUCCAUCAUCAACAUCCCUGGUGAGUCCACGCUGAGGAGGGACUUCCUCCGCCUCCAGCUGGCCAAUAAGGAGCGAUCAGAGAUGAUCCGGCGCCAGCAGCUGGAGCAGCAGCAGAACGAGGAGCACAUGCGCCAACUACUGGCAGAGAGGCAGAAACGCAUCGAGGAGCAGAAGGAGCAACGGCGGCGACUGGAGGAGCAACAGCGUCGCGAGCGGGAGGUCAGAAAGCAGCAGGAGCGCGAGCAGAGGAGACGCUAUGAGGAGAUGGAGCAGCUCCGGCGGGAGGAGGAGAGGAGGCACGCAGAGCGAGAACAGGAGUACAUCCGUAGACAGCUGGAGGAGGAGCAGAGGCAGCUGGAGAUCCUGCAGCAGCAGCUCCUGCAGGAGCAGGCUUUACUGCUGGAGUACAAGAGGAAGCAGAUCGAGGAGCAGCGUCAGGCGGAGCGGCUGCAGAGGCAGCUGCAGCAGGAGCGGGCGUACCUGGUGUCCCUGCAGCAGCAGCAGCAGGAGCCGCCGCGCCCGCCGCCGGACAAGAAGCAGCUGUACCACUACAAGGACCAGGCGCCGGGCAGCAACGACAAGCCCGGCUGGGCCAAAGAGGUGAUGCGCCGAGCUCAGAGCAACUCCCCGCGCAUCCCUCCAAAGAAAUACCACUCCCUUGAGAAGAAGCGAGACGUCAACCUGGAAAACCUCCUCUUGCUUCCUGGAUACAAGCCUUCUCGGACCCGCCCCCCUUCCUACCCCGCCCACAUCAGUCCCUCCAGAGACCAAAUGCACGUUCCUCGCAUCCGCAUCACCUGCGUCCCGGAGCCGGCGACGCAGCAGCGCAGUCCCAACGGGAGCCUCGCCAGGAGCCCGGACUCCAGGGGCCGCAGCCCCAGCCGCCGGGUGGAGGGGCAGUAUGAGAUGAACAGACAGACUUCUCCUGCGUUGCAGCAUAAAGUGUCCAACCGGAUCUCGGACCCGGCUCUGCCGCCGCGCUCCGAGUCCUUCAGCAGCGGAGGGAUCCAGCAGGCCCGGACUCCACCCAUGCACCGCUCUGUGGAGCCGCAGAUGGCCCACUUGGUGCAGGUGAGGAGUCACGGCCUCUCGGGCUCCCAGUCCCUGUACGACCCCCACGGUGUGUCCUCCUCCUCGGCAUCGCCCUCCCCCUCCCGGCCUCCGAUGCCUCGACAGAACUCCGACCCCACCUCUGACACCCCUCCUCCCCCGCCCAUGUCCCGCCUGGCGCCCCCCCUCGACAAACUGGACCGCAGCUCGUGGCUGCGGCAGGAUGACGACAUGCCUCCCAAGGUUCCUCAGAGGACCACCUCCAUUUCUCCUGCUUUAGUCAGGAAGAACUCUCCUGGAAACGGUCCUGGACUCGGACCUCGGGCCGGAGCUCACCUCAUACGGGCCAGCAACCCUGACCUGCGGAGGACGGACAUCUCCAUAGAUUCAGCCCUGAAGAGGGCGAGCAGCGGCAGCUCGUCCAGCUCCAGCACCCCCAGCUCUCAGGGAGGCUCCAACGAGAGAGGUAACGCAGCGUCUAAAUCUGAAGGUUUGGAUUUUUCUUCCCACGACGCCAAAGACGACAGCAGAGAGAUGACGCGGCCCAGCAGGCCUGCAAGCUAUAAGAGAGCUGUAGACGAGGAUCUCACCGCUCUGGCUAAAGAGCUGAGAGAACUGCGCCAGGGGGAGGAGACCAGCCGCCCGCCCGCCAAGGUGACGGACUACUCCUCGUCCAGUGAGGAGUCCCACAGCAGCGAGGAUGAGGAGGGAGAGGGCGGAGCUAACGACGGGACCGUGGCCGUCAGUGACAUACCGCGCAUCAUGCCUCCUGCAAGUCAGAGCACAAACGAGUCCUUCGGGGUCACGGAAGGCCACAACGACACCCAUGGAGACUCGUACGGAGACAGAUCCAAGGACAGCACCCUGAUGGUGCGAGAGUACGGGAUGGGGAUCGGCGGAGGCUCCAAAGCUUCCUUCUCGGCGUUCGUUGAUCCCAGAGUGUACGGCACUUCUCCAACCGAGGACGACGAGAAAAACUCUGCUGCAGCUCUGUUUGCUGACGAGCUGCUGAAGCAGGAGCAGGAGCAGGCCCGGCUCAACGAGGCCCGCAAGAUUUCUGUGGUCAACGUCAACCCCACCAACAUCCGGCCGCACAGCGACACGCCCGAGAUCCGCAAAUACAAGAAACGCUUCAACUCUGAGAUCCUCUGCGCCGCUCUCUGGGGAGUCAACCUGCUGGUGGGGACGGAGAACGGCCUGAUGCUGCUGGAUCGAAGUGGUCAGGGAAAAGUUUACAACCUGAUUAAUCGACGGCGCUUCCAGCAGAUGGACGUCCUGGAAGGACUCAACGUCCUGGUGACCAUCUCAGGGAAGAAGAACAAGCUGCGAGUGUAUUACCUGUCGUGGUUGAGGAACAGGAUAUUACACAACGACCCUGAAGUGGAGAAGAAACAGGGCUGGAUCACGGUUGGGGAACUGGAGGGCUCAGUUCACUACAAAGUUGUGAAAUAUGAGAGGAUCAAAUUCUUGGUGAUUGCUUUGAAGAACUCCGUUGAAAUAUACGCCUGGGCCCCCAAACCUUAUCACAAGUUCAUGGCCUUCAAGUCUUUCACAGAACUGCAACAUCGCCCCCUGCUGGUGGACCUGACUGUAGAGGAAGGUCAAAGGUUGAAGGUCAUUUAUGGCUCCACCGUUGGCUUCCAUGUCAUCGAUGUGGACUCUGGAAACCCGUACGACAUCUACGUCCCCUCUCAUAUUCAAGGUCAGGUGACCCCGCACGCCAUCGUGGUUCUGCCCAAGACGGACGGCAUGGAGAUGCUGCUGUGCUACGAAGAUGAAGGCGUCUACGUCAACACCUACGGACGGAUCACUAAAGACGUGGUGCUUCAGUGGGGGGAGAUGCCCACCUCUGUGGCCUACAUCCACUCCAACCAGAUCAUGGGCUGGGGAGAAAAAGCCAUCGAGAUCCGCUCUGUGGAGACGGGACACCUUGACGGGGUUUUCAUGCACAAGCGAGCUCAGAGACUAAAGUUCCUGACGGAAAGAAACGAUAAGGUUUUCUUCGCCUCCGUGCGAUCCGGCGGCAGCAGUCAGGUCUUCUUCAUGACCCUCAACAGAAGCUCCAUGAUGAACUGGUAACCUGCUCCCCCCUUUGACCCCGCCGGCCUCGCCCUCCUCGCCGAGGCAGACAGGAGGACGGCGUGCGUGUGUGUGUGUGUGUGUAAAUGUGUGCGUUCCCAAGGACAAACGAAGCUGCUGGAUGGACUGAAGCUGCAGAGGAGAGGAACUCAGAAACCCUCCAGGUGUAUUGGACAUUGAAGGUCCACUUCCUGUCAAGGACAUCUGCAUGAUCCCGCCGCGCUCUGGGAUCCAGCAGGGGGAGCUGUGGAGACGUUCUUGUGUAGCACAUCAGUGACUCUCAGACACAGUGGUGCAGACUCCUUCACUCUGCUCUCAUGGUGGGAACUCAUCAAAGUAGCAGCAAACAAAAGGUGCAGACGUUUCAUCACACCGGGGUUCAUUUCAUGAGGUAGCUGCGUCGCUCGACCGUUGACAAUCACGAAGGUGACCCCGUUUCACCGCGGUGACAGACACGGGCCGGGAGGUUCAGUCCACCUGCUGGACGCACAAACAUCAUGUUCAGUGGCUCCUGCUUCCCUUUCAAAGGUUUUUAUACACCGUUUAUAAGCCCGAGUUAAGUUGAUGGGUAUUGUAGUCCGCAUGUGGGGCUGAUCGUCAAAGCUGAUCCACCUUCAUGGAUACUCUAUGGAGUCUGAUCCCUGCAGAGACUGUCCCACUUUUCCUGAUUUACAAACUCCUUCACCACCUGCAUGUUCUGAAGGUAAAGAAACAGCAGGAGUGGGCCGUGGUGUACAUGUUCACACAGGCCGCUCCGUCUGAACUGAACCACAAGACGCUCUCUGACCAUCUGGACCCAAACGCAGAUGCUGUCGUUCCACCCCCAAACUGUGGGUGGCACUGUGCCCUCUUUCCAGCUGUUUACCACUCACUAGCAAAUGAAAGAAGAAGGGUUUGUGGGAAAGUUGGAAGAAAAAACAAGUUUUUUAAGUGAAAGGUGUAUUUUAUCAUUUCCAUCAUGGUCUGUCUUGUAGAGAAAAAUUAUAGAAAAAUGUUGAGGUUUGGUUUAAACCAAUUAGAGCGACUGAUGCGAGUCAUGUGACGGAACAUGAAAAAAGACGGUUUCUUUUAGGAGUCAUACCCGGCACAUUAAGCUGUCAGGAACCAUCAGUACCGUGCCAGAAUCCACUGGAUUAUAGAGGGGUUUUUGUGCCACCAUAAGGCACAUAAAAGUCACAGUUUUGAGAUCAAAAUUUUCUAAGUUGCAAACAUAAUGUGAAGUGUUGAGGAAAAAAAACUUAAUUUGCAAAUGAAAAUAUUCAAUAUUUGCUUUCAAAAACUUUUUAUAUGUUUCCAAAUUUUUUUUUGCUUUCUUUUUAAAUACGUAGUGCCUCAUCUCACUUUUGCCCCAUCUUUGAUCAGACAUUUUUUUUUUCUGCUGAAAAUAUUGUUAGUGUAGCUGGUCGCUACACUAACAUGAAUAAAUCCAGAACCCUGUUGAAUAUUUGAGCUUUGUUGCUCCUUCUGAGUUCUGCUUAAAGAGAAACGGCCCAAAAUGAAUUCCUACCGAACAGCACCAAUAGAAAGUCCAAAGUCUGCCUUGGUCCCCAAACACGAUAAUGCGACACAGAGACACCUGAUUGGAAAGAAUUUAGACCAGGGGUGUCAAACUCAAUCACAUAAGGGACCAAAAUCCAAAACACAACUUAGGUCGCGGGACAAACAGGAUAAACUUUUAUUAAACACUCUAAAACUACAUUUUAAAACUUUAAAA